UCACUGCCGACGCCUGUUUAGCAUCACCUGCAGGCCUGGAGGAUCAGGCGUGCCUGUGGUUCGCUCUCCCUGCCUGGGGCCAGUUAUUGUGCAUUCAUAAGGCAUAGGGUUGUAGUGUUAAAAUAUAUACUACUAUUAAAAGCAAUACUGUUGUAUGUUAUCAUAUUACAGUACUAUUAAAAUCACUUCAGUACUAUUAUACAAUAAUACUGUAAUACUAUAGUACUAAACAGAACAGGGAUGCAAAACCAGCAGAAUAAGGCUAAAGAUGAGCAGACGACUGUAGACAGACCAAGAGCAAGGAACCAAAACACAAACACAUGGCUAAGGGGCGGAGCGAAUGGGCAGAGGAAGGGUGGAGCAAGAAACCAAAACACAAACACAUGGCUAAGGGGCAGAGCGAAUGGGCAGAGGAAGGGAGAAGCAAAGAACCAAAACACAAACACAUGGCUAAGGGGCGGAGCGAAUGGGCAGAGGAAGGGUGGAGCAAGGAACCAAAACACAAACACAUGGCUAAGGGGCGGAGCGAAUGGGCAGAGGAAGGGUGGAGCAAGAAACCAAAACACAAACACAUGGCUAAGGGGCAGAGCGAAUGGGCAGAGGAAGGGAGAAGCAAAGAACCAAAACACAAACACAUGGCUAAGGGGCGGAGCGAAUGGGCAGAGGAAGGGUGGAGCAAGGAACCAAAACACAAACACAUGGCUAAGGGGCGGAGCGAAUGGGCAGAGGAAGGGUGGAGCAAGGAACCAAAACACAAACACAUGGCUAAGGGGCGGAGCGAAUGGGCAGAGGAAGGGUGGAGCAAUGAACCAAAACACAAACACAUGGCUAAGGGGCGGAGCGAAUGGGCAGAGGAAGGGUGGAGCAAGGAACCAAAACACAAACACAUGGCUAAGGGGCGGAGCGAAUGGGCAGAGGAAGGGUGGAGCAAAGAACCAAAACACAAACACGAUGAGGUUGUCGACUAGAGGGCAGACAACAUGGAGGGUCAGACUGGAAACUGGGACAAUUAUAAUACUGUUGUACUAUUAGAGUUGAUUUUAUCAGUUAUUAAAAUACUCUUGUACGAUUAAAAUACAUUUUAUGCCAUUUUAUAAUACUCAUAUUAAAGUUCAGAAUGUCUUCAUAUGUAAACACAAGUGUGCACAGUAAUUAAAAGCUUUGAACAGUAAAAGUAGAAAUAAAAAAAUGUUAAAAACAAGAAAAAAUAAUUAACAGGACAUAGAGUUCUGGCAGUUCUUGGUACCAGAGUCUGGUAGUCUGAUACCAGAUUCUGAUAACAGAGUCUGAUACCAGAGUCUGAUAGUCUGUUACCAGAGUCUGAUAGUCUGUUACCAGAGUCUGAUAGUCUGUUACCAGAGACUGAUACCAGAGUCUGAGUAGCAAACAUUUUAAUCUGAAGGCAACACAGAACAGAUGUGAAAUAGAGAAACGUGCUCUCUCUCUCUCUCUCUCUCUCUCUCUCUCUCUCUCUCUCUCUCUUUCUCUCCCUCUCCCCCUCCCCCCCCCUCUCUCUCUCUCUCGCUCCCUCUCUGCCUGUAUAAAAGCCAGGACCUUGUCUUGCUCCAUCUCUCUAUAUGCAU